AUGCAACGCCUCCGUGCCGCGCACGGCAUCCACAUUUCGACAGGAGCCCCCACCGCACCCCAAACGAAUGACAUCGUCAAAAUUCCUCCGUUCACCGCCAAGGCUUCUGUAUCCAUUUACGUACCAAUCAAGUGUCAAGCCUUGCCAAGUACCAACGAGAUUGAAGGACGAGCCAUAGGCGACGGCGCAGUCACGGCCCUUGACACCGCAGCCAUCACAGUCGGAGCAUGCCCGAACGGGAAAAGUGCGGCCCAACGGGAAGUGUCUUCAAGCGGCGCCGGCGACGACGGACGCCCCUCGAUGAGAGCAAAAUCCACCCCCGUAUCAUCCGAAACUUCAGCCUUCGGGCAACGAGUUCAAGCGUAUUUCAAAGAACCCGAGAACCUCCCUCAGUACGAGCGACGAAGCCCUGGGAACGCUAUCAGCGGGUCGGAUCAAUUCUCCCAGACCGAGGGACAGCACGUGCGUCGGUUUAACACAAGCGUGGCCACCUUUUGGGAUCGGUACGGGCAACAACUCUGGAAACGGACUUACGCCCCGUUCGGCAACUCCAACCGUCUUGACCCCCUGUUCCAUCAGGUCUUUAACCUCCAUGUCGAGUUGCAGCUCUUGAUCAACAACAUCGACUACGACGACACCCUUGUCCAAUUUCUGUGCUUCCCGCACCCGGCUUGGCCAGUCUUGUCACUCAACCCGCCAACGCCAAAGAAGAUCCUAGCGGGCGACCCAGGGCGGAGCGCCAUCGUGAUGAACUACUGGGUGAAUCCAUCGGUUCGAUUCUGGCCCGAAGCCCCGCCGAUCCCGCACUUACGAAAGGCAGGGAACGAAGUUUGGUACCGCGGCUUGGGCGACUCCGUGGCGUACUUGGCUCAACGAAAAAUCCGUACCUUCAUGGCCAAUCAAGCGCGGAAGAAGGGUAUAGUCGACGCGGUGAGCAUGAUUCGCCGCCUCGCGACUGUAUCGAGGAACUUCAUCGACGCGGGGCGCCCAUGGCGUAACGAACCGUACCCUUUCGUGUCAGUGACCUUCCCCGACGACCUGUUGAGUCGCGAAUGGACGAACGAGGUGAUCGCUCCAAGAACAACGUACUCGUGGAACGGCCAGAUAGCCAACGUGGUCUUUUGGAAAGACUCCCCCUUGCUGCGCGCCCCCAUGAUGGAUAUCCUCGACUUGGACAACUCCGACUCUGACUCCGAGGAAAAAGACGACGAUCCAAACUACAGCGCCAGCGAAGGGGACGACGGACACAAUGACGAAGAUUGA